GCUGGGGUUGGAGUAGGAGGGCAGAGGUGCUGACCUUGCCCUGGGACCCUCCAGGCCUGAUCGCCCCUGCACGAACCAGACCCUUCGCCGCCCUCACGAUGACUACCUCUCCGAUCCUGCAGCUGCUGCUGCGGCUCUCACUGUGGGGGCUGCUGCUCCGGAGGGCGGAGACAGGCUCUGAGGGGCAGACGGCGGGGGAGCUGUACCAGCGCUGGGAACGGUACCGCAGGGAGUGCCAGGAGACCUUGGCAGCCGCGGAACUGCCUUCAGGCCUCGCCUGUAACGGGUCCUUCGAUAUGUACGUCUGCUGGGACUAUGCUGCACCCAACGCCACUGCCCGUGCGUCCUGCCCCUGGUACCUGCCCUGGCACCACCACGUGGCUGCAGGUUUCGUCCUCCGCCAGUGUGGCAGUGAUGGCCAGUGGGGACUUUGGAGAGACCAUACACAAUGUGAGAACCCAGAGAAGAAUGAGGCCUUUCUGGACCAAAGGCUCAUCUUGGAGCGGUUGCAGGUCAUGUACACUGUCGGCUACUCCCUGUCUCUCGCCACACUGCUGCUAGCCCUGCUCAUCUUGAGUUUGUUCAGGCGACUACAUUGCACUAGAAACUAUAUCCACAUCAACCUGUUCACGUCUUUCAUGCUGCGAGCGGCGGCCAUUCUCAGCCGAGACCGUCUACUACCUCGACCUGGCCCCUACCUUGGGGACCAGGCCCCUGUGCUGUGGAACCAGGCCCUCGCUGCCUGCCGCACGGCCCAGAUCGUGACCCAGUACUGCGUGGGUGCCAACUACACGUGGCUGCUGGUGGAGGGCGUCUACCUGCACAGUCUCCUGGUGCUCGUGGGAGGCUCCGAGGAGGGCCACUUCCGCUACUACCUGCUCCUCGGCUGGGGGGCCCCCGCGCUUUUCGUCAUUCCCUGGGUGAUCGUCAGGUACCUGUACGAGAACACGCAGUGCUGGGAGCGCAACGAAGUCAAGGCCAUUUGGUGGAUUAUACGGACCCCCAUCCUCAUGACCAUCUUGAUUAAUUUCCUCAUUUUUAUCCGCAUUCUUGGCAUUCUCCUGUCCAAGCUGAGGACACGGCAAAUGCGCUGCCGGGAUUACCGGCUGAGGCUGGCUCGCUCCACGCUGACGCUGGUGCCCCUGCUGGGUGUCCACGAGGUGGUGUUUGCUCCCGUGACAGAGGAACAGGCCCGGGGCGCCCUGCGCUUCGCCAAGCUCGGCUUUGAAAUCUUCCUCAGCUCCUUCCAGGGCUUCCUGGUCAGCGUCCUCUACUGCUUCAUCAACAAGGAGGUGCAGUCGGAGAUCCGCCGUGGCUGGCACCACUGCCGCCUGCGCCGCAGCCUGGGCGAGGAGCAACGCCAGCUCCCGGAGCGCGCCUUCCGGGCCCUGCCCUCCGGCUCCGGCCCCGGCGAGGUCUCCACCGGCCGCGGCUUGUCCUCGGGGACCCUCCCAGGGCCUGGGAAUGAGGCCAGCCGGGAGUUGGAAAGUUACUGCUAGGGGGCGGGAUCCCCGUGUCUGUUCAGUUAGCAUGGAUUUAUUGAGCGCCAACUGCGUGCCAGGCCCAGUAUGGAGGACGCUGGGGAAAUGGUGAAGGAAACAGAAAAAAGGUCCCUGCCCUUCUGGAGAUGACAACUGCGUGGGGAAAACAGACCGUGAACACAAAACAUCAAGUUCCACACACGCUAUGGAAUGGUUAUGAUGAAGGGAAGCGAGAAGGGGGCCUAGGGUGGUCUGGGAGGCGUCUCCAAGGAGGUGACACUUAAGCCAUCCCAUAAAGAGGUGAAAGAGAUCACUCUGGGGAGAGCUGGAGAACAGGAUUCUAGGCAGAAGCGAUAGCAUAGGCAAAGGCCCUUGGGCAGGCAGGCGCUCAGCCUUGGCUGGAGUAGAAUUAAGUCAGAGCCAACAGGUGGGGAGAGAGAGAGAAGUGGGCAGGGGCACCCAAGUUGGGAUUUCAUUUCAGGUGCAUUGGAGAUUCUUAGGAGUGUCUCUUGGAGGUAAUAUUUUAUUUUUUUAAAAAUGAG